ACCCCCCUCUGCCCAGAGUCGCGCGCGUUUCUUCUCACUCGCACACACGAAGACGUCUCGCGUCUCAAGCUGCCGACCUCAUGGCGACCUCAUCCUCCACCUUCUCCUCCUCCUCCUCCACCGCAGCCUUCGCAGAGCCUCUGCCUCUGAUCGUGACGGACGGGGAGGGCCGAUUCGUGCUGGUGCCCGAGACGGCAGCGGCGCUGUCGCGCGUCGUCACGGGGCCCGUGGUGGUGGUGGCCGUGGUCGGGAGGUACCGCACGGGGAAAUCCUUCCUCAUGAACCGCCUCGCGGGGAGCAACUCCGGCUUUUCCCUGGGCUGCACGGUGCAGUCUCACACCAAGGGCAUCUGGGUCUGGCCCAGACCCCAUCCACUGGACCAGAACAAGUGGCUGCUGCUGCUCGACACCGAGGGCCUGGGAGACGUGGAGUCGGCCGGAAGCACGCACGACACGUGGCUCUUCGUGAUGGCCGUGCUGCUGAGCACCACGCUGGUCUACAACGUCGUGGGCACGCUCGACAAGGAAGGCCUCGAGCAGCUGCACUUCGUGCUGAACAUGACGGACCACGUGAGGACGCGUGUGAACCAGGACGAGGACGAGCUCGGCUCGGACUUCGAGCGCUACUUCCCCCCGCUGGUGAUCUGCGUGCGCGACUUCACGCUGAAGCUGCUCGUCGACGGGGAGCCGUGCUCGGCCGACGAGUACAUGGAGCACUGCCUGCAGAUGCGCAUGGCGGGGAAGACGCCGGACUGCCGACGGUUCAACGAGCAGAGGCAGCUCCUGUGCGGUUACUUCAAGGAUCGGAAGUGCUUCGUGUUUCCAAUGCCGACGCGCCGGGAGGACUUGGAGUCCAUCGAGAGCCUCCCGGACGGGAGCCUCGACCCGGAGUUCCUGGCGACGGCGGAGAAGUUCACGAGCCACGUGCUGGGACGAGCCGCCAGCAAGCACAUCGACGGCGCCAUCCUCACCGGCCAAUCCUUCGUGCAGCUGGCAGGGCAGUACGUGACGGCGCAGCGUGACGGCGCCGUGCCCUGCAUCGAGAGCGCCCUGGAGCGGGUGACCACGCUCACCAACCUGCAGGCCAAGGAGGAGGCGCUGGCCCUCUACCGCGAGAGGACGGCCGUCGCCGUGACGGGGGACGAGCGGACGCCGCUCCCGACAUCGGAGGAGCUCGGCCGCUUGCACCAGCGUGGAGCGCGCGACGCCGUGGAUCUGUUCCACGAACGCUCGCUGCUCGACAGGGAGCACAGGCACGAGCAGGAGCUCAUGGUGUGCCUGGCAGAAGAGUACUCCAAGUUGGCGCAGCGGAACGCGGAAGCCUCGGCGCUGAGGUGCGAGCGUCGCCUUGAGGAGCUCUACGGGCCCAUCAGGGCGAUGCUGCACGAGGACGAGGCCUUCGUGAGGGAAGGGGCCUUCCGGGAGUACGAGAGGCUGAUGGAGCUGCUGCAGGCAGCCUACCGCGACACCCAAGGCCUGGGGGACGAGAAGGACAGCAUCCUCGUGGCCUUCAUGAAGAGCAAGGAGGAAGGGAGGUGCCACCUGCUGCUGCUGGACAACACCAUCUCCCAGGCGGAGAGGGAGAGGCUCGAGAGGGAGAGCUUGGAGAAGCAGUUGGAGAUUGAGAAGCGAGCGCUGGAGCAGAAGAACGCUCAGCAGCAAGCGCAGAUGCAGGCGCUGCGGGAGCAAAUGGAGGAAAACAAUCGAGCAUUCGAAGAGAAGAUCAAGAGCAUCCAGGAGCAAGUUCCAGUGCAGAGCGACGUGACGGAAAAUCAUCAUACCCAGCUGCAAGACGUAUUGCAAGCGGUGAUUCCUAUCGUCAUGCAAAUUGCCGGCUUUUUCUUGAAGGGUGGGUUCAUGCGCAUGGUAUAAAAAAACAAAGCUCUUCCCAAAUGCGACGAGUUUUCUCGUGAAUUUUGGGAGGCAGUCGCACGCUUUUAAAUUCUUCUUACCGCUUCUCUCAAGGGAAAUUUCACGGUUGUACUUUGUGAGAUGAGUUAUACUCUCUGUAGCGUGCCAGUGACUUCGUGUUAAUCAGGUGUAAACGAAAGUCAGAUUUUUGGUGUGAGCUCCAGAAUAUACUAAAUGGUUUAAUGUGUGAUGAUAUCAUUGCCCAGGUCGACGUAGCCCUUAUGGGUUUGGGACACAUUACUGCAGACGUGGCAAGAUUGGAAAUCGCUGCAAUCCUCAAAAACGCUAAUACACCUAUUAGCAACAACAGUAAGGAUAAGCACUUUCUCAAUUAAAAAAGAGAGAUGAUAUCGUCAUCCUCUCAGCUGACAAGGGCAAUGCCACAGUUAUCAUGGACAAAACCACAUAAAAUAACAACAUUC